AUGGCAGCAGUCACGCACCGUUUCUCGAGCUCGCCACAAAAGCGGGCACCACAUGUGCAGCACCUGCAAACCGCCAACUCUCCGUCUUCGCCCGGACUGGUGUCCCCGCCGUCAUCCCACCCGUUCUUGAGGCCAGCCAUUCAGGCAACGCCUUCGCCUGUCAGCAGUCUCCAUGGCAGCAGGAACAGCAAGACGUCCUACUACUAUCCUCUGGGCACACCUCAUCAUGGGGACUCCUCCAGUGCGCGCGCCGCGUCUGUCGCGUCGACAGCUACCAGUGUGCCGAGCCGCAAGCGCCCGCCGUCAGCCCCACCCGCCCCGUCGUACUCGGUCCGCCGCGGUAUCCACGUCAAGCUCCCCGCCGACUUGCAGAUGACCACCAAGGAGGAGAUUCGCCGGUCCAAACCCAUCCCUCCCCGCAAGCUCAGUCGAUGGGAAGAAAAAGUCCAGGGAGACCUCGCCGGCUGGCGAGGAGGCAAAGGGACACCCAGGUCGUCCGUGCCCCAACCAGGUGUCACCGACACGUACUUUGGCCAGCCGCGUACAGGCAUUAUCGGGCGUGACCUCCCAAAGGAGAUUGUGCGCGUGCAGCGGGUCUGGCACUUGAAGGACGUUGCGCAGUUCUCCCCGCAGCUUCCGCUGGAACUGGAGGGACGCGUCGGGGCGACGGCGUUCAACUUUUUCAUCGAGGCCGUCAACUUGCACCUGCGGGAAGCAUACUCGACCAAGGGAGCCGUCGUUGACAAUGUGGUCGCGGUGUUGACUUGGUGGACGAGUUUGUUAUGGCGGAAGAGCCAUUUCGAAACUGAACUCCGCCGUGCCGAGGAGGUCAUCAAGCAGGCCAACGAAGCGACGUUUAACCCGGCGGGUCUCAAUGUGCUGUCCCCGCGUACUGUGGCACUCCAAUAUAACAACCCAUUCCCAACCCCUUCCUCCCGCGACACAUCCAACCCCAACUCCACCUCCACCAGCCCAGACAUCAAGGACCACAUCCCAGUCACACCCAACAGUAUGACCACUGAUGACGCCCCAACUCCCUCUACGCGCAGCAAGCGCAAGGUGAUGGACUCGUCGCUAUCGCCCGAGCCCGUGCCGCGUAAGCGCCAGGUCCUUGAGGUCUCUCUCCCCGCCCCGCGCCGUUCCAAGCUCGGCACAGAGAAGACCAACAGUGCCGACAACCUCACGCUCGCGUCGUCGUCGAGCUCCAAGCCUAAGCCUACCACCCAGACCGAGCUCAUCGACCUCACGGAUGACAAGCCCAGCGUUGACGAGUACGACUCGGACGCGACCGAGGUUGACGUCUACGAGCGUCCGCGUCCCACGCGCAGUGCGGCUGCUGCCAAGCCCAACUAUGUUCUCGAGCUCAGCGACAGCGACGAGACCGAAGACGACAUGCCUCGUCGCAACUCUCGCGGCCGUGCCAACGGCAAGGCUCCCUCCGCCAAGGCCAACGGAAAGGGCAAGGGCAAGAAGAAGGCGGUCGUUGUUGACGACUCGUCGGACGAGUUCGAGUUAGAUGACGAGGAGGACGACUUUGCCAUGAACAGCGACGACGAAGAGGACCAGGUCCGCGCCGCGGUGGAGCGUUCCAAGGCCGACGUCUCUACGCCAUCGCCCGCCUCGUCUUCGUCCAGUCGUCGUGGUAAAGGCAAGAAGGUCACUGCCCACACCCUGGGUGGAAAGACCCACAAGAGCAACACCCCCCACCGUGCAGCCCUGGCCCGCGCUGCUGAACUUCGCGCCCGUGGCACCCGCGACCCCACUCUCGAAUCGCCCGAUGGCUCUGGGUUUGCCAGCCCUCUCACCUCGGGCUCGUCCACCCCGUUUGCUGACCGUAUCGGCGGUUCGGAGGAUGACUACUCCCUGUCUCCCUCCGACUUCUCGGACCUCAGCGACGCCGAGGAGUCGGAUGGAUCGGACUCGGACUCGGAUACCCCACCACUCUCCUCCAAGCAGAAGGGCAAGGCCAAGGCCAAGGGCAAGAAGAAGGCCGCCGCCAAGGGCCAGCGCCUCGACGGUGGCGAGGCUGACGAGAUGCCCGAGGCCUGGCGUGGCGUGUCAAAGCAGCAGCGCAAAGCGCUGAAGGAAGAGGCUCACCGUCUCAAGGAAGAGAAGAGCUUUAUCAAGCGGAAGGAGAACGAACUCAAGAAGCAGCUCGAUCGCAAGCUCACGCAAGGCGAGAAGAACCAGAUUCGCCUCCAGCUCCACCACCCAGAGCUCGUGGACGCGUGGGGCGACCUCGAGGCCAAUGUGGAACGCGUCAAGCCCGUUCCCAUGGAGGCCCACCCUAGCCUCAAGCUCACUCUCCUCCCCUUCCAGAAGGAGAGUCUUUUCUGGAUGAAGAAGCAGGAGGAAGGCCCCUGGAAGGGUGGUAUGCUCGCGGAUGAGAUGGGUAUGGGCAAAACCAUCCAGACUAUUGCGCUUCUCCUCUCAGAACCUCGUCACAAGCCUUCCCUCGUUGUCGCGCCCGUCGUCGCUCUCAUGCAGUGGAAGAACGAGAUCGAGACCCAUGCUGAGGGCUUCUCGGUCUGCCUCUGGCACGGCUCGGGCCGUAUGAAGGCUGAGCAGCUCAAGAAGUUUGAUGUUGUUCUUGUUUCAUACGGCACGCUAGAGGCCUCGUUCCGCCGUCAACAGAACGGCUUCAAGAAGGGCAACCUCAUCGUCACGGAGAAGAGCCCCAUGCACGCCUUCGAAUGGUACCGUGUCGUGCUUGACGAGGCGCACAACAUCAAGGAACGCUCGACCAAUGCCGCCAAGGCCGCCUUUGCGCUCAAGGCCAAGUACCGCUGGUGUCUCUCUGGCACGCCGCUCCAGAACCGCGUCGGCGAGCUGUACUCGCUCGUUCGCUUCCUUGGCGCCGACCCCUUCAGUUACUACUUCUGCAAGAAGUGCGACUGCAAGUCACUUCACUGGCAGUUCAAGGAUAAGCGCUCGUGUGACGACUGCGGUCACUCGCCCAUGAACCAUGUGUCUCUUUGGAACUCGGAGAUUCUCACCCCCAUCGCCCGCUACGGUAUUGAAGCAGGUGGCCCCGGCAAGACGGCGUUCAAAAAGCUCAAGAUUCUCCUCGACCGCAUGAUGCUUCGCCGUACCAAGCUUGAGCGUGCCGAUGACCUUGGUCUCCCUCCUCGCACCAUUGUUGUUCGCCGCGACUACUUUUCGCCGCCUGAGAAAGAGCUCUACCUCUCCCUCUUCACGACGGCCCGUCGCCAGUUCGACACAUACGUUACGCAGGGCACGAUUCUCAAUAACUACUCCAACGUCUUCUCGCUCAUCACUCGUAUGCGUCAGAUGGCCUGCCACCCUGAUCUGGUCCUUCGCUCCAAGACCAGCAGCCUCGGUCUGCAGGUUUCGGAGGGUACCGUGUGCCGCAUCUGCAACGACACUGCUGAAGAUGCCAUCGUGUCGGCCUGCAAACACGUGUUCGACCGCGAAUGUGUCAGGCAGUACCUCGAGGUCACGCAGAACCGUGGUCACCCGGAGGCCGUGGAGAUUGACGACAGCCCCAAGAAGGCCCGUCAAGGUAUCCUGUCGCGCCUUGAUCUCAACAACUGGCGCUCGUCGUCCAAGCUCGAGGCGCUGGUGGAGGAGCUCGAGAAGCUGCGCCGCAAGGACCGCACGACCAAGUCGCUCGUCUUCUCGCAGUUUGUCUCCUUCCUCGACCUGAUCGCUUUCCGUCUGCAGCGUGCUGGCUUCAACCAGCGCAACGCGACCAUUCAGCACUUCAUGAACAACCCCACCGUCACCGUAUUCCUCAUCUCGCUCAAGGCCGGCGGUGUUGCCCUCAACCUCACGGAAGCGUCCACCGUCUUCAUGAUGGACUCUUGGUGGAACCCCUCGGUCGAGUACCAGGCCAUGGACCGUAUCCACCGUCUCGGCCAGAAACGCCCCGUCCGCGUGGUCAAGCUUGUUGUGGAGGACUCUAUCGAGGACCAGAUUGUUCAGCUCCAGGCCAAAAAGCUCGCCAUGACCGACGCCGCGCUCAGCCGUGACCCCGAUGCGGCUCUUGGCAAGCUCACGGUCGAGGACCUCGGUUUCCUCUUCAAGCUCUAA